CUGAACGGAAGUCAGUCCUGUUAUCAGGACUAAAAUUCUUAAUUCCGUCACCGAACCUGGAGACUUACUACUUUCGUUUAGUUGUUCAGCAUAGCGAUAUCAACUAAAAGAUAGUCCAGCUUUUAAAAAUAUUUUUACCGUUUUAUUUAUUUUUUGCACUGCCGCAAACAGAUACGGAUGAUUAAACUAGCAAGAUAAUUAAUGUCACUUAGCCAAGUUAGCCGUUUUGCUGUGUCCAGUCAUGAAUGGUUGCUGUUCGGGGAGGAAAAGAACUACAACUCCACAUAUUUAAAAAGUUCAAUAUUCUGUUAAGGAAAACGUUUCUCCACUAAGCUUCAAUAAAAGCAAGGCUCUUAGGAUCCAAAAUUAUUGGCACCCCUUCAAGAGAAAGUGCGACAGGCAUUAAAUCUACAUACAACAAUUCAACAUUUCCACUCAGGUGGACCACACGUCGAAAAAGUCUGUGGCAUCAUGGUUCGACUGUGAUUUAUUAACAGCUUGUCUCUUUUAUCGAAAGGGCGGUUGGUUAUGGCUGACGAAAACACUCAGCUUUGCUCUAACUGCAAACAUGACAUUCCCGAAGCCAACUUCACCACGCACGAGAUCCACUGUCGACGCAAUAUUGCCCUGUGUGAUGUGUGCCAGGAACCUGUUCCCCGAGCUGAGCUGCUGCAUCAUAAAGAGCAGGAGCAUUUACAGGAACAAUGCAAAUGUGGACUGAAGAUUGAAAAGAGGCUCAUGGAGAGCCAUCAGAGUUCUGACUGCAGCCAGCGUCUGGUCCCAUGUCAGUACUGCGAGCUGGAGCUGGUCUUCAGCCAAGCCAUACAGCAUGAGGAGUACUGUGGGACACGUACCGAACCCUGCCCCGUGUGCAAGUUAAACAUCAUGCUGAGGGAGAAAGCCAUCCAUCCGGCCCUGUGCGGGAGCCUCACACCUCCCCAGGAGAGGAGGAUGGCGUCCCAGGAUCCUGGAGCGUGGUUUGAGACGCAGUCCAUCCACAACCUGUUGAGGGGGCAAGAAAGGAGCAAUAAUAAUAACAGUAGUGGUGGGUUAACAGAGCGCAGAGGCCCACCACGGCCAUUAGAGAGCAGACUGCACAACAGCACCCGAGGAGCAGUGGGAACCGGGCCCAGGAGAAACGCAGCGCAGAGAAACAAUGAAUUUGCUCGCUUGCUUGACCAGGAAGCCGAGCUGGAGAACAACAACAACAGCCUGCUCUGGCCUCUGAGCCAGCUGCCAGGUUCCGACUCCUCCGGCCUGGACUACCUGCUGGCCCUGAGUCUGCAGAGUGAUGGAGAUACAGAGGAGCCAGGCGUUCAGCAGGGUUUGUGGACCGACGUCUGGGAUCGACGUUUAGGCAGAGCACCUGCCCCGAGCACCUUCAGCUCCCAGAUCUCUUCUGGCAAUAAUAACACUCCAGCUAGCACUAACACAUCCUCCGAGAUCAUGCUCCCCUGUGAGUUCUGCGAAGAGCUCUUUCCUGAAGAGGACCUAAUUUUACACCAGACGGGUUGCAGCCCUGCAACUGCUUUCGCCUCAUUCAGCAAGCAGCCUCCAUCUGUGCACCAUGAAGAGCCUUUCACCUACGAUGACAUCAUCACUCCCCGCACCCCGAGUCCUCCCAACCUCCCGCACUCGGUCUCCCCUCUUUCCUAUAGCCCUCCAUCAAGCCCACUAGGGGGUGAUAUUCUCAUUCCCUGUGAGUUCUGUGGAGUUACCCUGGAGGAAAAUGUUGUAUUUCACCAUCAGGAUAAGUGUGACCUCCGUCCUGCCACGGCUUAUCAAACAGAUGGAGCGUUGCCAUCGCCUUGGAAACCCAUCCUCUCAGCCAAUGAGAGUUGUGGGAGGAGUUCACCGGAAAGACAAAGGAGAGUAAGACACCAGGCAGAUCCUGCUGAGGGGUUCCUCGUGCCAACUCCUCUUCAUGGCUGGCCAAGUCACAUGUCUCCUAUAGACCUGAGGAAGCCGUCUGCCUUCAGAAGUAUUUCCAUCGCCGGGAAGAACACCAAUGCAGAGCUGCAAGGACAGACCAGGAGUCUGUGGGGAAAAGGCACGGAGACCCACUCGUCUCACUUCGAUCCUCUCAGCGGAGGCUACAGUUCCAGCACUGCAGGGUCUUCUGGGCCUCAAUCUUCAGACAGAGCAGAGGGUCGACGCUGCCAAAAGAACACCGCCGUGUCAAAGGUGCCCAAGAAGCAGAACACUGAAAAAGAAAAGGAGGAAGAGUAGGAAGUGUGUCGGCUUCUCUAAUCAUUGUGGAAGAGAGAUGGCUCAGAUUAAUUAAUGUUGAAAUGCUGUGUGUGUGUGUGUGUGUGUGUGUGUGUGUGUGUGUGUUGUGGAGAGAGGGUGUGUAUACUUUUGUCUUUGUGUCUAUGUCCAAAAAUUAUUCAUAGCUUCUUCUAAAUUACUUUUGUUGCACUAUGUUUAAAAUUUGUUUGUGGUUUUUGUUCCUGUAUAUAUGUUCUUUAAGAAUUAAAAAAAAAUAAAUACUUUUAGCUCCUUUUAAUAUUUUCAGUUUAUCAGAACUGGAAGGACACUAUAGCUUUUUCUAUUUUCUUACAGUAUCUCACAAAAGUGAGUACACUUUCACUGUAGGGGUGUACAAUGUGAGGAUAUUUUCACUUAGGGGUGUACUCACUUUUGUUGCCAGCAGUUUAGACGUUAAUGGCUGUGUGAGUUAUUUUGAGGGGACGGCAAAUUUACAGUGUUAUACAAGCUGUACACUCACUACUUUUACAUUGUAGCAAAGUGUCAUUUCUUCAGUGUUGUCACAUGAAAAGAUAUAAUCAAAUAUUUACAAAAAUGUGAGGGGUGUACUCACUUUUGUGAGAUACUGUAAGUGUGACAAUACAUUCGUACGCAUUAAGCUAAAUUCUAUCCUUUUUUUUUCAUACUGUGUAUUACGUUAUGGUUUGAGGAUCAAUCCAAGCUGAGGCAAUCAACUUGUGUAAACUUUUCGUAUUUUGAAAAAUGCUUUAUAGAUAUAAUAAAAUCUUCCAUCCUA